AGCGUAAAUGCAAUCUUAUCAAUAAAAAAAAGAAUACGAUUAAAGAAAAUUUGAGUUUGAUCUCUACUGGUAUUUUGCAGUGACAGGGGUUUUUGUUUUUACAAUGGGGAUGCAAUGUUCUUUGUUUAUUUAAGAAGAAAAAAACAAAAGAAACAAGAGAGUGUGACGAGAAUGGUUUAAUUUAAUGAAUGGGUCCACUUUAGUCUUAAUGAUUUGUUAAGAAAUAAAAAGGGGGAAACGUAAGUAAGAGUUGUUGCGUGUGUGAGUAUCGGCAAUGGAAGAAUGUUCAUCCAUUGAGGAAUCGGUGGCGAGCGUGAUCGAAGAAGCCAAGGAGGUUCAAGACGCCGUUUCCUCUCACAUCUCAAAGGCUUCCAGCGAUGAAGAACCUCUCCGCCAACGUGUCCGUGCCGUCGAUUCCAGAAUCCAUUCGCUACGUUCCUCUCUCGAUUCUCUUGUCUCCACCAAACAAAUCCCUCCCUCCUUAGCCGUUAAGUUAGAUGAAGAUUUGCAGAGAGCGAGAUGCAUCAUCGUUGACGGUGACGCCUCUUCGCUCCUCCCUGGCCAUGCACAAGGUAGCUUUUUGAGGAUGUUUCUUGGUCCUAUCAAUGUUCGUGCCUCCAGGAAGGAUGUUCAACUCAAGGUCAAAGAGGAAUACAACAGUUACAGGGAUAGAACUGCCCUGCUAUUCCUGCUUUUUCCAGCAACUCUGCUUAUUCUAAGAUCGUGGAUUUGGUCAGGAUGCUUGCCAACUUUUCCUGUUCAGAUGUACCAGGCGUGGCUGCUAUUCCUUUACACCGGUUUGGCAUUGCGAGAGAACAUAUUGAGAGUCAAUGGAAGUGAUAUUCGUCCCUGGUGGAUAUAUCAUCACUAUUGUGCUAUGGUGAUGGCCCUCGUGAGUCUCACUUGGGAGAUUAAAGGACAACCAGACUGUGCAAAAAAGCAGAGAGGUGUACAACUUUUUCUACAGUGGGCUAUGAUGCAAGGAGUUGCAAUGCUUUUGCAAAAUAGAUAUCAACGCCAAAGACUUUAUACUCGUAUUGCAUUGGGAAAGGCUAAGAGGAUGGAUGUUGUGUGGGGGGAAACAGCUGGUGUGGAUGGCCAACUGUGGCUGUUGUGUCCUAUACUUUUCACAUUGCAGGGAUUUGAGGCAUAUGUUGGGCUGUUGUUGCUCAGGACUGCAGUUGUUGGGGUUGUUUCUGAGUGGCAGAUUAGCCUUAGCCUUUAUAAUGAUAGAAGCUCUUCGGGCAGGUAAUAUUUUGCGGUGUUCUGUUGGUCUUAAUGGCUGUUGGGAACUUUGCAAAUACAGUACAGACUCUGAUGGCAAAAUCAAGAUUUAAGG